GAAACACUUCACGAGACGCACUCAGCAUGUCGGUGGCUCCGCGCACACAUUUCCUCCUCUUUCUGAUCUCCCUCUCAUCCAGGAUGGGGCUCAGUCGGUACAUUGAGGACAUCGAAGCUGCAGAUGGAUUAUAUUCUCUGCUCAGUUUGGACCAGAAAAGAGAUUCUGAGGAUUUUAUUUUCCGCCGACCUCUCAGAUGUUUGGACAUGCUGGCCACUGAUGGCUCCUACACCUUCGUGGCGUCUCGGCCGCAGCUGGCCUGUGCUGCGUUUAUCAUCGCUGAGCCCAGUGAGGUCAUCAGCCUGGAGCUGUCUGACGUCAAUAUUGACUGCAGCGCCGGAGACUUCAUCAAGAUGUUUGAUGGCUGGGUCCUGAAGGGAGAGAAGUUCCCCAGCAAGCAGGACCACGAGCUGCCUCUCCACCAGCGCUACACAGACUACUGCUCCUCCCCGGCAACAGGAGCCACCAGCCGCUCCUCUCAGAACGUCGCCAUGAUCUUCUUCCGCCUCCACAGCGCUGACAGUGGCUUCACCCUCGCCAUCAAAAAGCUGCACAACCCCUUCCCCUGUAACAUCAUGUCUCAGAGUCCAGAGGGCAGUUUUACCAUGGUGUUGCCACACCAGCGCAGGAACUGCAGCUUCUCCAUCAUCUACCCUGUAGAGAUCCGACUGACAGAUCUUAGCCUGGGGCAUGCCAAAAGCAAUGAGCUCAGCCCAAAGAGGCAGCUGUGGUCGGGCUGUUCGGGGUCGGGAGACUAUGUGGAGCUGUUAGGGGGGAAUGGGGUGGACACCUCGAUGAUGUUCCCUGUAGCCGACCUCUGUUUCUCCCUCAGUGGGCUUGCCCAGAUGAAGAUUGGUUGUGAUAACUCGGUGGUGAGGCUGGUGUCAAGCGGGAACUAUAUCAACCGUGUUUCCUUCCAGUACAGACUACUGGAACAAAGCGAACUCCCCAAGACCCAAGAGAACGCUCUGGAUAAUUUCUGCUCUGUGGAAUGAAAUAACACACAUAUAACAACACACAUAAACACACACACAUACUUAUGAACACACACACGCAAUCAAACAGCCAUCCAUUUCUCUGUAAAUACAACAGUUUGUUUAAUUCAGCCAAUACAAACUUUGUAUUGUUUUUGCCAAAUGUUUUAUUUAGUUUCCUAAAAGAUCUUCGCUUUGAUCGUACAAUAUUUAUUUUAAGAGCGAUUUUUAUUAAUCUCAAAUUUAUGAAGGAUGAUGGAUUUCAGAGUUUACUUUUUAAUCCUUUGUCAAGAAAAUCUGUGAUACAUUAUAUUUGUUGGCAAGAGAACUAUUGUAAACCUUCCCUCUUUUGAUCUCAGUUAAUAUCAGUUUCUGUAUUCUUUGGGAGGUUUUACAUCUCUGCUUUCUUUUCUGUUUAUAAUGCCUUGACAAUAUAAAAAUAAAUAUAUGACUUGCAUGAAAAAG